AGUUGUUGAUUGGCUCACGUCAAGGUCGCUUCUAAAUCCAUCGGCCUGCGGCUAAGCUGCUAGUUAAUCUUUAAAGUUCUAUCACUGUCAUGCUGAUGGAGGAUUCAAGUUUUGAAGAUGAGUCUGGUGAUGAACAUGAUGGUUAUGAUCCUGUUCGCAGCCGGAUUGUGGAUAAUCAAAAUGUAUCAUAUAAACCUAGAUAUGUUCCUUCUGAAGCUGAUGAAAAUUCGGGCUCUGACGAUCUAAGUGAUGAUCUGGAAGAUCACUUAUCUUAUUCUCAUAAUCCUCCACAUUCUCCAGUUGAUUCUUCGAGUGAGCAUUCGAUCGUUAAAUCUGAACAAAAUCAUUUUUCGGAGAAUCUGGAUUACGAUAGGGAAUAUCACGUUGAACCUGUUGUGGAUGUCACUACCCCAGGUUAUGCUCCAAGUCAAGCUUUAACUCCCGAAUCCAGUCCUGCCCUGAGUUAUUCCGGAAGUGAACAUGCAUCAGAUGUAAAUGUGACUGGGAAAACUGAUCCAAAUAUUUCUAGUGAAGUGCAUCAGGAAGAUGAAGUCGAACACGAGAGCAACGAUGACUCAGAGUCUGUAAGCGAAAAAGAUCAGGAAGAGUUUCAUCAACAGGAAGUCGAUGAAACUCCUCAAGUGAAUUCUGUAGAGAAAUAUCCCACAACCAAGCAUAAUUCUCCCAUCGAAUCACUCCAGUAUAAUAAUUUCCCUGACAUUUUUGAAGAUCAUGAUGAUGAUCAAGAUCAAGGUAAAUUCAAUGAAGACUUCGAAGGUUUUGAGAGAGAUGAACAACCAGAAUCUCAAGUGGAUGGCAUCAUAGCAGAUAUAUUUGGCGAAAGUGAUGCAGAAGAAGAGUUUGAGGGCUUCGCCGAAAAUGAACUGGACAAAGGUAUUGAAGAGGAGGUUGAAGUUCAAACAUCUAGUGAGUUAGUAACAAAAAAAGGUCCCCUUACGACAGCUGGAGAAAACGAAGGGGAUGAAGAGUCUGAACAUGAUGAUGAGUUCGUUUCCGACUUCGACCGGAUAAUGGAAAAAAAGAAAGAAGAAUCACGACGAAGACGUAGACGUAAUAGGGAUAUUGAAUUCCUUAAUGAUAGUGAUGAUUUGAUUGUUGAAACCAUUUCUCGAAUGAAAAGUGCUGCCGAUGAAGACAGACAGUUACUUACAGCUAGUCGACCAGCAACCAAGAAACUGAACAUGCUCAAAGAAGUAUUAGCUAUUCUUAGGCGAGCUGACCUGAAAUCCGCCUUAAUAGAAAAUGGAAUGCUUUCCGCUAUAACUGAGUGGCUAUCCCCUUUACCUGGCCAUACACUCCCGAAUCUCGUUAUUCGUGACUCUAUGUUGACUAGUCUCAGUGAGUUCCAGUCACUGUCAUCUGAAGUUCUUCAAGAAUCCGGUAUCGGGAAAGCCUUGAUGUAUUUGUACAAACACCCGAGAGAAACUCGAGAAAACAAGGAUAGAGCUGGAAGACUUAUUAGUGAGUAGUUUUCCUAAAAUUUCAUGACUAUCUUAAACUCCAGUUAAUUAUCUGCAGUUGCAUUGAGUUACAGCAACAUUAUGUUCUACUCAUCAUACAAAUGUGAAUGGGUUUUUUUUACAUGUAAUAUCCUUUUGCCCGUGUUUUGGCACUGUCGCUCAAACCACUCAACCACAGCUAAUGAAAUGCCCGUUAAAUAAGAGCUCAACGUUUCUUAACCAGGCUAAAGGUCCACAAAACUAGUGCAACAUAUUCAUGGCCUGAUAAAUAGAAUGAAACCAUUUACUUAUUAGUCCGAUUUCCAACAAUCAGACUGCAUGUUUUUACCUUUUUGGAACAACAGGGUAGUGUCACUAAUCUUUACAAAAACCCCAAUUUCAAACAUCAGUAUAAAAUUGAUUGUUUGGCCGCAUUACAUUUUCCCGGUAAUCUACUGGUUUGCUAAGACUAAAACUACGAAGUUAGCAACGAGAAUAUAUUAUAGGACCAGCACAACUUAAUACUCACAUUAUAAAUUAAAAUUAGGUGGGAAUUGUAUAUCUGUGCCCUGAAUAGCAUCCGAUCUUCAUGUAUAAACAAUUUGGUGUUGACCGUAUGGUGUAAAAAGCCAACUUUAUGCACUUGUCAAAUCACAGAAGGUUACAAUUACUAAGCCCGACUUGAAAUGUUACUGUGACAAAGAAGGGUGAAUCGAUAAUUUAUACUCUUGGAACAGCCUCAAAUCCUAAGCAAAUAAAUUUCUUCAAAAAGAAUCAGUAGCCGACAAAAUGAAUGUGAGAAUAUCUGUUUGGAUAUUAUUACUUUCAUUACUUAUAUGUUUGAUAUUCAACAAAAAUGGUGCAACUGUGAGACACCGGUAUGUUAACAAAUGAAAAUAAAGUUCACAAGAUUGAUGAUGAUUAUUCACUUCUGCCUGCUGUAAAAACCGUAUAUGAAGAAUACUUUUGGUUGGAAAACAGCCUGUACACUAAGUGUAGUCAGUGGCAUGGACAUCAUUGUCAGUUACUACUUAGUAGCGAAACAUCACAAAAGGAGGGUAAAUAUAGCACUGGUUUGUACUUUAUGUCGUGUAGUUUUUGUAGACUAAUCACGAUACUUCCCUUAUUGCUGAUCUUUGUUUCAUAUCUCUAUGUGUAUGAUCUGGUGCUUCAUUGUAGAUGAAUGGCUCCGACCCAUAUUCAACUUGACUAGUGACUAUCGAACUCUUACUAAGGAGGAACGUAAACAGCUAGAUUAUGAACAUUUACCUAAGCGGAGAAACAUCGAUAACGAGGCCUACAACCAUCGGGACAUUAACCGUGAAUUGGAUGGUGAAACCAAAGGACUUUUGAGGCCUGGCGAUCCUGGAUGGGUUAAUAGAGCCCGAGUUCCUCAACCAUCAAAUAAAGAUUAUAUUAUCCGACCAAAAUGGCGUGUUCGAGAGAAUGCUACUGGGGAGGAUAAUGACGAAGAGGGAAAUGAUGAUCAGACAGAACAAUCCCAGUCAAUUUCUCGAAAGCAUCGAAAAACACGAACAUCUGGUUUUGGAGCUACAUCACGAAUUGAAAGUCAUAUUCGAAAUUUAAGUAAUAGUGCUCGUAAAAGUCAUGCCAAAGCUGCUCGUGCAGUUCCAAUGAGUAUUGAAGGUCGUAAUAUGUCAUUGUGAUUAGUAUUUACUGUCAAAUGUUCUUAUUUUAAUUAUCGACUUCCUUUAAUUAUUCUGCAUCUUACUGUACAGUAUAUUUUGCGUUUCCUUUGCUUACUUGUCUCAUGAUAUAAAAAUUUGAGCUAGUUUCCGUUUGUAUAUUAUGUUAUGAAAUAAGCUGAAAAUACCAUGUUCAUUGUUUUUAUUUUCAAAUAUUUUCCCAAUAUGAACAUUGG